AUGUCAGCACCUAUAUGGAGAGACUUCAUGUCAUGGAAUAAAUAUACUCAAGUCGCUUCACGUGCAGUCAGACAAGCGUUGACGGAGACGGAACGUGUGGCAGCGGAGAGGAGAGCUACAAUUGGCGUGAAGUACCAGAUCUGGGAGAAUGGACAGGGUGGUCAAUCGCAAUUUGUCGUUCCGCCCCCUCCUGCUAAGCCGUCUGGACCACCUGGGGCGUAA